GCCGAACUCAACCAUCGGUGGCGGCCGCGAUCUCGAGCUCUAGCAGACGGACAUCAAAGCGUUGGACUGAUCGACGACAGGCCCAGUCAUGCCACGCCAUUCGACUCAUUUGAGUCUCGUGGAAGCUGCUUCGAACAAUGCAUUGCUUUCGCCACAAUCAAGGCCGGCCUGUGUGGCAGCUUCCCCGCCUCCAACUGUCAUUAGGUUAGAUGACGAUGAGCCCGAGAAACGAAAACACAUUCCCACAGGUGCCACACCCGUCCGAGCGAAAAAGCGGACGGAGCCAAGGCGGUCGAGUCGACUUCUGCUGCCGUUGGAGAUCGACGUCACUGGUUCCGCUGCUGCUACAUCGUCACCAGCCCCAUCUGUGAUCAGUCUUGUUACAAGCAGUUCGGACGACAGCGACAAAUCCAUCAGUCCAAAAACCAGAAAAGGUAGCAGCCACGCGGCGAAGCAUAAGACAAGAUCAUCUUCUACGGUUAUCCGCAUUCACAGCGACGAUAGUGAGCCAGACGUCGUCGAUCUCACAUCCCAUCCUCGCACGCCCAACUGUGUCCCCCUCUGCCAGUCGGACGCCUUGAAGAUGCUGAACCUCGCGUUUGCCGAAGUCGAACGCGACGACCGAGCCAUGUACAAGGUCACGGAUGACGUUAUCAGGGACGAAAUCUCGUCGAUUGCCAAGUCCAGUCUGGUGGAAUCCACAGACCCAUCCGACUUGCGCCACAUGUGCACGUACGGCGAGAUCGACGCGCGAGACUUCUCCGCCGUCAUCAUGCCGUUCCUGGACCUCCGCCCCGCCGACGUGUUCUACGAUCUCGGGUGCGGCACGGGCAAGAUCGUGCUCCAUGUGGCCCUUGAAACCCUCUGCGCCGUGUCCAAGGGCAUGGAGCUGAUGCUCAACCGCGUAGUGGAGGGCCAUCGGGCGCUGGCCCGCGCCGAGCGCCUGUGUCCAUCGAUUGUGCCGCAUAAGACGAUCCGCAUCGUGCACGGCGACCUGUGCUGUCCCCCCGACGAAGUGAAUAUGGCGGACGCUACGGUCGUGUUCAUCAACAACGUCGUGUUCCCGCCGGCGCUCAUGUCCAAGGUGCUCGAGAUCCUCGGCGACAUGCAGCACCUCCGCCGCGUCGUGAGUAUGCGGAAGCUCUGCGAACGACACCGCCCCGAGCGAUGCCGCCGCCACGGCAGUCCAUGCGUGGGCUUCCACCACCCGCCGGUGGAAGCCAAAGUGGGCGUGUCGUGGGCCAACUACGCCCCGUUCUACGUGUAUGAACGGGUGGUGGCGGCUUGUGCAUCGAAACAAUAGCAUCGUUUUUCACCGGGUAUAAAUACAUAGACCCACAUACACGCA